AUGGUGGUGCUGGCGCAUGCUCGCCCGAGCUCGCUCCCGACGUGGUGCAGCUGGCUGUGCUGCCUCGGCGAGCCCGAGACUACGCUGCGAAGUCUAAGGGAGACGAGUGGGGGCAGCAGGGUCUGCGGGUACGUGUUCAAGCGUGGUGACAUUGCGUGGAACUGCCGCAAGUGUCAGGUGGACAGCACGUGCGUGCAGUGCGACGCCUGCUUCCGCCGCUCGGACCACACCGGGCACCCGGCGGUGGCCCGUAUCGUCGUAAGGGGGGUGGUCCUCUUCCUCACCGGCGUCUGCUGGAGCUCCCUCGACACCUACGACCCGGCUUCCCAGGAACCGACAGCCCCCGCCCCCGGAGCCUCUGGCAGCGGCAGCGGUGGGACUCGGCGUAGGAGCGGGCCUUCCUUGUCAUCUUCCGCGGAUAACGCCUCUUCCGCCGCCGCCACCUUCGCCGGGGGAGGAGGGAGCAUGUUUUUCGGAAAUAGCGGCGUCGCCGGUGGCGGCGGCGGGCGAGGUGCAGGGGCCGGGCAGGCGGAGGAGACUGUGGUAGUGCGGGUGCACAACGAUGACGUGCACACGUUCGAGUACGUGAUCGGGACGUUGACGGACCUCGGCAUCUCGUACCACAACGUGAGACGAAGCGGGUAG